AUGGGAAUGUCGUUUGGAAUACAUAGUUUGUUAGGCUUAGCUGCAGCCCGUGAUAUGCAACAAAGUACAGCAACUUAUAUAACCGCAACACCUCAAUACUGCGUUCAUCAAACAGGAUCAUUCUUGUCUCACAACUCGCAACAGUUAUUUUCUAUGGACGUACCCCAAACUACAUUUGAUCGAGUCCAAUAUGAACCAAUUAAUCAAGGAAUACCUGGAAUGGAUUAUACUAGCCUUCGAUCUAAUUCUCUUUUUGGCACAACCGCUAUCACAAAUGUCCCGUCAUCUAGUAAUCAAGAAAACAAUUUGAAACGGAAGAAACGCCGUCACAGAACUAUUUUCACGCAGUUUCAAGUGGAUGAAUUAGAAAAAGCUUUCCAGGAAGCACACUAUCCUGAUAUGUAUGCUCGUGAAAUGUUGGCGGUGAAGACUGAAAUCGCCGUUGAUCGAAUACAAGUUUGGUUUCAAAAUCGUCGAGCUAAAUGGCGAAAGACCGAGAAAACAUGGGGCAAAAGUACAAUUAUGGCAGAAUAUGGAUUAUACGGAGCAAUGGUCAGACAUUCUUUACCACUGCCAGAAACGAUAACACGUUCCUCUGAAAAUCCUAAUGAAUCUACUGCUCCUUGGCUCUUAGGAAUGCAUAAGAAAAGUCUCGAAGCAGCAGCUCAUCUGGAAAAUGGUGAAAUCGAUAAGGAAUCAAACGAUGACGAUAGAUCGAUGGGCGGAUGUUCUCCUGAUAUUUCAAAUAGUAAUAAUAGCAAUAAUAAUGAUAAUAAUAACGAUAAUAAUGGCAGUAGAAAUAGUGACAACAACAAUAAUAGUAGUCUCAGUUUUAACACUAAAAAGUUAUGUUCGUAUGAUUAUGAUAAUCUACAAUACACCAUAUCGAAUAUUAACACUAUUAGACCGAAAUGA